AUGGAGUUGCUCUUGCUGUGGAUACCAGUUUUGGGCUCUCUGAUGUUAGUGGAAGUCUUGUGGACUCUACCCAUUGAUCAGGAUCUGUUGCCGAAGCCUGAGGAUGUGGAGCUGGCUGAGGGCUACCUCAGGAGGUUUUACAACCUGAACCCCAGAAGCAGAGGCAAAAUGUUGGAGAGAAGGAUCAGGUCCACGUCGGCCAUGGAAGAGAAGAUCAGAGAAAUGCAAAACUUCUUUGGUCUGAGAGAAACAGGUCGUCUGGACAGUCACACCCUGGAUGUGAUGAAGGAGCCCAGGUGUGGCGUUCCAGAUGUGGAAAGCUUCAGUUUUUACCCUGAAAAGCCUAAAUGGAAGAACCACACCAUCACAUACAUGAUUGCCAAAUACACUCCAGACAUGAAAAGAGAGGAUGUGGAAAAGUCCUUUCGUUCAGCCCUGAAGAUGUGGAGUGAUGCAGCACCACUGAGGUUCAUCAAAGACAACCAUGGCAAAGCUGAUAUACUCAUCUCCUUUGCCCGCAGAACUCAUGGAGAUUUCUUCUCCUUUGAUGGACCCGGGGGUGUGCUGGCUCAUGCCUUUCAACCAGGAGAGGGGAUGGGAGGAGAUGUGCACUUUGAUGAGGAUGAAACAUGGACGACGGGGAAGAAAGGUUACAACCUGUUCAGUGUUGCAGCUCAUGAGCUCGGCCACUCGCUGGGUCUGAGUCACUCAAGAGACCCCUCUGCUAUCAUGUACCCCAAUUACAAGUCUCAAAGCAGUACCCAGUACUCCCUGUCCAAAGAUGAUGUGCUAGGGAUCCAAACACUGUACGGAAAACCUACAAUAAAAGUGGAAACAGCAGCCCCCAAAAAGUGUGACCCCAACUUCUCUUUCGAUGCAGCAGUUCUGAUUGGAAAUGAGAUUGUUUUCUUUAAAAACAGGUACAUGUGGAUGAGAACAACACAGACAACUUAUUGGAAUCGCCUGCGAGAGAGCCACAGCAGCACAUAUUUACCGAGCAUCAGUUCUCACGUGGAUGCCGCUUAUGACAUCCCUGCCAAAGGCGUGGUGUACAUAUUCACUGGUCAUAAGUACUGGGUGGUUCAACAGCUUAAGACAAAAAGUCAUGCUGGCUCCAUCCAUGAGUACGGCUUCUCCUCCAGCGUCAGGCAGGUUGACGCUGCCGUGCAUGUCAGUGAAUAUGGGAAAACAGUCUUCUUCGUAGGGGAGUUUUAUUACAGGUAUGACGAGCGCAGGAGAAGGAUGGACCCCGGCUUCCCCAGACUCAUCCAAACAGACUGGCCCGGAAUCCCGAGAAAGGUCAAUGCUGCCUUUAAGUUAGAUGGAAACAUCUUCCUCUUCGGUGGGACAAAAUCCUACCAGUACGACUUCAGACAGAACCGGAUGGUGAAGAUCAUUUCAGCAAAUUCUUGGCUAGGAUGUUGA